CCUCCCGCCUCGCCCUGACGGCCGGGGAACCCGCGUUCACUAGUGUUUGCGACUUCUCCGAUCCCCGCAGUGUCCCCGAGCUCCUGGUUCAAGAAGUAGGGCGCGGCGCCCGAAACGUCCUCCCAGAGAACCGCUCACCGGAGCCAGAUCCAGCCAUGAGCUACCCAGGUUACCCCCCGCCCCCUGGUGGAUAUCCACCAGCACCAGGUGGCGGUGCCUGGGGAGGUGCUGCCUACCCUCCACCCACCAUGCCCCCCAUCGGGCUGGAUAACGUGGCCAACUACGCAGGGCAGUUCAACCAGGACUACCUUUCAGGAAUGGCUGCCAACAUGUCCGGGACAUUUGGAGGAGCCAACGUGCCACCGAACCUGUACCCUGGCGCCCCUGGGGGUGCUUACCCUCCGGUGCCUCCAGGGGGCUUUGGUCAGCCCCCUCCCCCGCAGCCGGGGGUUCCACCCUAUGGAAUGUACCCACCUCCUGGAGGAAACCCACCCUCUGGGUCGCCCUCCUAUCCACCAUACCCAGGGGCCCCUGUGCCAGGCCAGCCCAUGCCUCCCCCUGGACACCAUCCCCCAGGACCCUAUCCUGGGCAGCCGCCAAUGACCUAUCCUGGGCAGUCACCAGUGCCACCUCCAGGGCAGCAGCAGCCGACGCCAAGCUAUCCGGGAUACCCGGGGUCUGGGAAUGUCACUCCUGCUGUGCCCCCAGUCCAGUUUGGAAACCGAGGCACCAUCAUGGAUGCACCUGGCUUCGAUCCCCUGCGAGAUGCUGAGGUCCUGCGGAAGGCCAUGAAGGGCUUUGGGACUAACGAACAGGCCAUCAUCGACUGCCUGGGGAACCGCUCCAACAAGCAGCGGCAACAGAUCCUCCUGUCGUUCAAGACUGCCUAUGGCAAGGAUCUGAUCAAAGAUCUGAAAUCCGAGCUGUCAGGGAACUUUGAGAAGACCAUCUUGGCCCUGAUGAAGACCCCCAUCCUGUUUGACGCUUAUGAGAUCAAGGAAGCCAUCAAGGGGGCUGGCACCGAUGAAGCCUGCCUGAUUGAGAUCCUCGCUUCCCGCAGCAACGAGCACAUCCAGGAACUGAACAAAGCCUACAAAGCAGAAUUCAAGAAGACCCUGGAGGAGGCCAUUCGAAGCGACACAUCGGGCCACUUCCAGAGGCUCCUCAUCUCCCUCUCCCAGGGAAACCGGGACGAAAGCACGAACGUGGACAUGUCCCUGGUGCAGCGAGAUGUCCAGGACCUGUAUGCUGCUGGAGAGAACCGCCUGGGAACAGAUGAAUCCAAGUUCAAUGCCAUUCUCUGCUCCCGGAGCCGGGCCCAUCUGGUGGCGGUUUUCAACGAGUACCAGAGGAUGACGGGCCGCGACAUCGAGAAUAGCAUCUGCCGGGAGAUGUCGGGAGACCUGGAGCGGGGCAUGCUGGCCGUGGUGAAAUGUCUCAAGAACACCCCAGCCUUCUUCGCGGAAAGGCUCAACAAGGCCAUGAAGGGGGCAGGGACCAAGGACCGCACGCUGAUCCGCAUCAUGGUGUCGCGGAGCGAGAUUGACCUGCUGGACAUCAGGGCCGAGUACAAGCGGAUGUACGGCAAGUCGCUGUACCACGACAUCACGGGAGACACCUCCGGCGAUUACCGCAAGAUCCUGCUCAAGAUUUGCGGUGGCAAUGACUGAGCCGCGUCCCCAGCGCCCCCUGCUGUUCACCCGCCGGCAGUGGCCAUGCCAGCAAGAGGCCAGAAGAUGUAUCUCACGCAGUAGCCCCCAGCUAGGCAUGCCGUCCACAGGCCCCCAGCCCUCUGUCCCUCCUGAGCCAGGAACCUUGCUGGAAGACCAGGCUCGCUCCAGCCCACCUGCCCACUCAACCUGUUGUUCUCUUUGCCCACUCGCGCAGACAAUACCUGGGCUUGUGGCUGAGCCCCCAUCCCCACCCCCUUCAUUGCCUUCGUAUGCUUUUUUUCCUCUUUUUGUUGGAGACUCCUUCCUUCUUGACACACUCACACAGCAUCCGCUCACUCCGGACAUGUUUCUGGUGAGGGUGGCAUGGUGGGCGGAGCACCCUGGCUUCCCUGGGGAGGUGGGGAGGAGGAGGGAGGGGCGGUCAGGGUAAGCUUUGCAUCUGGUGAGAAUGUGUCAUGAGCGUUGUUAUUGCCAAACACACUCCUUUCUAAGGCCUGAGAGUCAGCUGUUCUAUCCUUCCUGUAACCACAAGGGCUAGGCCAGUUCCCUGCCAGUGACGGGGCCUUCUUGUCAUUUGGAAUGUGCCUUAAACCUGAAUGUCUCUAGCCAUAAAAAAAAAAAAGAAGAAAGAAAGAAAACAACAACAAAAAAUUGUUUCCACAUUAAAGUUAGCUGUUUCUGGAAUGUUCCAGAAAUGUCUUCCUGGCGCCGGUUUGUUUUUCUUUGCUUCAUGGCUCUGCCCCGUGGCUCGGGGCCUCCAGCCGUACUGACUGGUGAAAAUUCACACACGACUUUAAGUAGCAAAGUACUGAUUGUCAGUAACUGACUACAAAGGCUCCUGAAAUGCCUGCUGGGAGGCCAGACACUAGAAAGGGGUGGGGGUCGGCAUCAGGCAUAGCCAUGCCCCUGAGGGUGAGGUGGGCGGAAUGUGGCCAGUGUGGUAGAAGGGGCUUGAGUAGAGAGAGGGAGGGUCUGACUCCUGGAGCGGAACUCUCAGCUAGGGGCUAAUGAGGAGGGUGAGGACGCCCCAGAGGCAUGUGACUAGAGGGAGCCCCUGGGUUUAAGGCUCUGGCACCCACCAUAGUUGAUGGUGUUGGGAAAAGCGGAGUCUAGGAGGGGGACAGAGUUUCUAGAACGCACCGCCCUCACCCAGCAAAGGAUGCUGUCUCUAGGGUGGGCGAGCCCCAGGGUGUGGCUUGUCUUCAGGUAGACAGCUGCUGGUUGCUGCUGCCUGACCUCGGGGACCCCUAAGCAGUGAGAGGAGAGUCCCCGGAGGCCUGGAGGGUGCUGAGGUGGGUGGCAGGUCCCAGUCGCCACAGCAGCCCCUGAGCAUCCCGCCCCAGCUCUCUCAGCCUCCCCGCUAACCUCCCAAGCAUACCGGCCCUAGGGCAGGCUCUCACCCUUGGGUGCUGGAUGGGACCCGUGGAUAAGAUGAAGUGCCUACCCCUGGUGGCCUCCUGAGCCAAGGCAGGGCCUCGACUCGGUGUGCUCUGAUGGCGCUGUCAUCUGCCCCUGCACACUCGGUCCUGUGUUUGGCAGAUGGAGUUGCUUUACACAAAGUUCUUUGUAGGAACGUGAAUCUUUUGCCAACAUUUAAACAUUGAGAAAUCUCAUAUUU